AUGGCAGGUUGUGGUGGCUCUUCCUUUGGCAAUGAGGAGCCCUUGUGUCAUGCCGAGGACCCUGCUAUCCUGCCGCAGGAGGAGACAGAUGCACCUGGACAGUGUGUGCGUGCAGAAAUGGUGCAGCAUUUGAAAUGCUGCCUUGCAGAGAAAUGGACUCCAGCCACUGAUCAGAAGCCAGUGGAGCAAGCAGCAGAUAUGGAUUUCACUGACGCAGGGGACUCCAGCCUGCAGAGCUCUCUGCCCGCUGCAGUGCUGACAGACUCGGAGUCAGCAGAGUGCUCUCCCCACGGCUCCUGCUGGCACAGCAGCGGGAUGCUGCUGCUGCUGCUCACCCCUGAGGAGCUGGCACCUCUCAGGACAGAGCAGAUCAGACCAAACAAUGGGUUUGCUCCAUCAAAAGAGAAAUUUUACCACAGAACCAUUGUCCAGAAUGACAGUUUCUACAGGGGACUUGUUGCCACUCAAAGCUGUAAACCUCUGAAUCCAGGCCAGAAAAACAAGGCUCCCUUUGAGUACAUAACCAAUUACAGGAUGAAUUAUGUGCCACCUCCUCUGGAGAAACAUUAUGUCCAUAAAAUUCAGAUAUACAAGGUCAAUUAUGUUUCAUUUGAUGGUCUCACUACACACGAAUUUUCCUACCAGGGGUGGGCUGGUCAGCCAACUAAGCUUCCAAAACCAUACCAGACAAAACCACCCCGUCUUCCUUUCUCCACUACAACUGAAUUUCAGGAAAGACACAAAGCUUGACUACAGCCUCCUGUAUUCACCAGAAAACCUGAUAUUUAUCUUCCUCCACUGGAGAAAAUGGACAUUCACACCAAUACUUGGACACAUUGGAAGCACCUAAAUGAAAAGCAAGCCAAAAUGUGUAGAUCUUUGGCCCAGCUUAAUAAAAUUACUGAGCCAUUUAACAGCUCUUCUACAGUGAAGGAAGACUAUAAGCCUUGGCUAUGAAAUGGACUAAAACCCAUCACUGAUGCUCCGACUUUCCCAGCAAAACCAAUAGAUUUCUUGGCUACAUUUUGGACCCAUCAUGGACCUCAUUCUCUCACCAUUAUGUAAACCUACAAGCCUGUCUGGUCAGGCCCAAAGCAUCACAGUCUCCCAGAUGCUAAAACAACCUACACUGCCAGUUACACACCAAAGGGCUUUGCUAGAUGCCUGGCCCCCUACAAAGACCCACCCAGUUACAUCUUUGAGAAAACUGAUGCUGACAGCUUGAUUUUGUUUGGUAAAGAAACUUCUUAUAAACCAGUUGCUGUUUUCAUAUUUGGAGAACUCCUAAAAUAA